CGUGAUAUGAAAAACAAAGAAGUCACCAACCAAAAAAAAAAAGUGGUUGUCCAGUGUGCUUUCUUUUCUUUCGUUGUUUCUGAAACGUACACACUUUCACCACCGAUCUUCGAAUCUUUUGCGCUUUUUUUCCCCUCAGUCUCUCUUGAAAAGCACACAAAUGGCGUCUGCGAACAGAGACAUGGCUGUGUACUGUUUUGACACUUUGGUCUCUCACUACAACAACGAAGAGUCUCCUCCACCUGCCUUUGACGACGCCAAUCACCCAUUGUUUGUCACCUGGAAGAAAAUAGUUAACGGUGGGGAGCCUCGUUUGCGUGGAUGUAUCGGUACACUCGAAGCACGCCGCUUGAUCAGUGGCUUCAAGGACUAUGCCUUGACCAGUGCCCUGAGGGAUCGUAGGUUCCCGCCAAUCCAACCCAAAGAACUGCCCUUUCUGCAGUGUACGGUCUCAGUCCUUACUGAUUACGAAGAUGCGGAGGAUUAUCUCGACUGGGAGGUUGGAAAGCAUGGAAUAAUCAUUGAGUUCACUGAACCUGUGACUAAUAUAAAGCGUAACGCCACGUAUCUCCCUGAGGUGCCAGCUCAUGAAGGCUGGACAAAGAUAGAGGCAAUAGACUCGCUGGUGCGUAAAGCAGGAUACAAUGGGGAGAUAACGGAGUCGGUGCGUAGGCGUAUCCAGCUAACACGUUAUCAGAGCACAUUAUUCAGCAUGCAUUAUAGUGAAUACCUUUCGUACGUGAAGGCCACAAGGGGCCUUGUUCCGGCUAUUAAUGGGACCAGCAAGCCCGCCACGGCCUUCUCCUGAUUUGCACCAUGAAACUGGGUGCGUGAGAUUGUGUCCUGUUUGGGACCUCUCCUAAUUUAUCUUUAGUAUUUGUGAUUCGAAAACUGUUUAAGGCUCUCUCUGAUUUGUUUUUCAAACGAGACAAGAUUUGCCUGUUUCACCAUUCUCUGAAAACGCAACCGCACUUACCAUUUUAAUUAUCAAACAAUCAGUAGCAGUGUGCGGUCUUCUAACGAA